CUAGCUGCACUUGCAUGAUUUUUAGCAGUUAGCUCGCCAUGUGGAGCCUGCUGUAAGCGACCACCUUUUCAACCUCAAGCGAGCUGUUUCGGUGUUGUCAGUCAUCAUGUCAUUUUGUUUUAACUUCGACCUUCCAGCACAAACAACAAACCCGGACGAUGGGGAUGGAAUUAAAUUGCAAAAUGGAAAGAGAGACAAUGCUGCUAAAUCUGUGGAGGAUGAAACGAAACCAGCAGAGCCUGUGAAAGAGGCCAAAGAGCACCUUCAACUAAGUGACUCACAGUUUUUCCUCAGGGAUGCUGUCACUGAAACUGUUACAAUAGGAGCUCUUCCCCCUCUUCACUUCCUCAACGAGACCGUUUUUGAAAAGACAGCCUCAGAGAGAGAUGACGGGGAGGAAAUUCUCUCGCGCACUGUGGCGCAGAGGUCUGACCUCAUCUCUGGCGUGUACGAGGGAGGGCUGAAAGUGUGGGAGUGCACCUAUGACCUUCUGGAGCUAAUUGAGAGAGACGGGGAGACCUUUGGGGGGAAGGCGGUUUUGGAUUUGGGCUGCGGUGCGGGGCUUUUGGGGAUACUGGCUCUGAAGAGAGGAGCCAAGCAGGUCCACUUCCAAGAUUAUAACAGUACAGUUAUUGAACAGCUCACAGUGCCAAAUGUCAUACUAAACUGCCACGAGGAUGAUGAGGGAGACAGUGAGGAUGAAGAAGGGAAGGGAAAGAUACUUGAGGAGGAUGGUUGUAAAAAGAAAGUGAAAGAGGUUAAAGAUGGUGACCCACCAGUUAAGAAAAGAGCCAGAGACCUCUCAGAGCACCCAUUAGUAGCCAAGUGUCGUUUUUUCUCCGGUGACUGGAGCACGUUUCUUACUUUGCUUCAAAAUGAGGAACCACAACCCAAAUAUGACAUAAUAUUCACCUCAGAGACGAUCUACAACACCUCAUACUACCCAGCGCUACAUGAGACCCUCCACAAACUGCUGGCACCAGACGGACUGGUCCACCUCGCCACCAAAUCCCACUACUUUGGCGUGGGUGGUGGACUGCACCUGUUUGAGACGUUUGUGGAGCAGAGGGGUGUUUUCUCUAUGGAGCACCUGUGGGACGGGGAAGAAGGACUUCAGAGACACGUAGUAGUCCUACGUUUUAAAAAGGAAAAGGCCACUUAAAUAAUUAAAUCCAUCCUGAGGAGGUGAAACAUUGUAUGUUAAAAUGAGAUAUCAUUUCCUUUGUAUCUGAAAUUUGUAUGUGAGAUCAACUGUGGUGAAACAAAGACAAACUAUAAUAAAAUAUGCUGUCUCAUCUCCUCUAUGCUCUUUGGUCACCUAUACCUUCUCUCACUUCCCAUAUAGAAAUUUGAAUAUGUCUGCCGGUAAGUGAAGUGCAGCUGAAAUGGGCUGUUACACGUCUUUAGAUGCAUGGGGAGGAAAGAAAAGGAAAUGGGCUCAGUGACCUUUGCAAGUGAUUUCCCCAGUGUUCAAACAGCAGCAUGAAAGCCAGGCUUGUUUCUGAAGUCCGGCGCAAAAUGUCAAUUGCAACUUAUCCCACCAGCCCAAGGAUGUAGUUUGAAAGUGGAUUCUAGAGUCACUGCACAUCAACGGUGGGACUCUAUGGGGUCUCUGUAGCUCUUAUUCAAGUAAUGGCUCCUCUUGAUUCUGUGGGGUUUUUACCUCCAGU